AUUACCACCCUAUAACAAGUGUUUCCGGAAGACGUGGCUGUCGAUUCUGUGGCAGCUCUCAUCCAAGCCAUUAGAAGGAUUUAAAAUAUAUUUUUAUUGUUAUUUUUCGUUUGUAUUGUUUUAUACCUUACUUACUGAUUCAGCAGCAAGAUGAUUUCACUAACGGACUCUCAAAAAAUUGGAAUGGGAUUAACAGGUUUUGGCGUAUUUUUCCUCUUCUUUGGGAUGAUCCUGUUCUUUGACAAAGCGCUUUUGGCCAUUGGAAAUAUCUUGUUUGUCGCUGGCCUGGCUUUCGUCAUUGGCUUGGAGCGAACGUUCCGCUUCUUCUUUCAGAAGCACAAAUUAAAGGCCACCAGUUUCUUCCUGGGAGGAGUGUUUGUAGUCCUUAUUGGCUGGCCUAUCAUUGGAGUUGUGCUGGAAAUCUAUGGAUUUUUUCUCCUGUUUAGGGGCUUCUUCCCAGUUGUUGUUGGCUUCAUCAGAAGAAUACCAGUUCUUGGUUCUAUCUUGAACAUGCCCUUCAUCAGUGCUCCUUCCUAAGCUGGUUCUGAGGAUACCCAGCAGCUGUGUACAUGGACAAGGCAACUGAGGGCAACACCAUGGUAUGACUGUUUGGACCCAGUUCCACCGCAGCAGCUUUUCUAACCCUGUUCCUUCUGAUCCUGAAUGAGAGCAAAUGGUCAGACUCUCCUUUCUACCAGACAAACACUGCUUCCUUUUUGUAAUGUCACCGGCAGAUACCACCAAUCUCUGGCACCUCAGCUCUGAAUCACUGAUGUGUCAAGUAUGGAUUCAUUAAUGUUAUCAUAAAUCCUAUCUAUUCUCAAACGACGAGUGAGUCGUUUGAGAAUGUUGGAAGUAUAAAUUAUCAGCCUUAUUGAUCAUCAAAAGCAUACCAGAUGCUUUCAUACAGUAGUUGGUCCUCAGCUUGCCAAAUUUGAUUUUUGUGCCACAGCAUUAGGCUCAUAUGGAUAAGUAUUCUUUCUUUUUUGCAGUAAUUCUAUUAUGUCACUAUUUCUGCCUUUAAGCUGUCUGAUUUGUUUCAUGUUAUGGUUGACAGAUACUGCUUAAGGAUAAAUUAUUUUUAAAAAA